GAACUUAAGAAAUAUGGCGUUACCACAGUGGUAAGAGUGUGUGAAGCUACUUAUGAUACUGCUCCGGUGGAAAAAGAAGGCAUUCAGGUUUUGGAUUGGCCCUUUGAUGACGGUGCACCACCAUCCAACCAGAUUGUUGAUGAUUGGCUAAACCUCCUUAAAGUUAAAUUUCGUGAAGAACCUGGUUGUUGUAUUGCUGUACACUGUGUUGCUGGUCUUGGACGGUGGGUGAAAUUCUAAAGAUCUGUUGAAUUGCCAUUCGUGGUCAUACUUCUUAAGAUUUAGUACAAAAGUGUAGUUGGGGCAAAUUUCAAAAUAGUCACAGAUCUA